AUGCAAAAAGGUUCUGAUAUUGAUCAAAAUCUCGGUGUAAGAGGUUCCCAAACAGAGACACUCCCUCGUGAGGACUUUGAUGAAAUCGCUAGAGAUGACAAUUAUGAAGUUUCUGAUAGCCGUCUCAAUCAGAAAGGAGAUUAUACCAUUGUUUUCAAACACAAAUAUGGAGGCAAUGAUCAAACAUUCCCAAAUGUCCCCAGAGAUAAGAUUGAGAAAUCUAGACUCAAGGAUAGAAUUCUUAAGGGAGGUAGUAACUUGUAA